UUUUUUUUUUGGCCAUAUCUAUGGUUACCACGUCUCUCCCCGCCUCCCUCCACCUAUCCAAGAAGACGACUGGCCAUUGGCUGUCUGUCACGAAGGCAGGCAGUCAUUGGCCACUGCGGAGGACCGGGCGCUCCCCCUUCCCCUGUCUCCCGGGUCUCUUGAGGAGCCCAGGAAGGAGGCUCCGCUAGUGCCGCCGGGCCAGGGGCUGCCGGACCCGGCUGCGGCGCUCGUUGGCGGGUCAUGUCGGCCGCCCAGGGCUGGGACAGGAACCGCCGGAGGGGAGGAGGCGCCGCAGGCAGUGGUGGCGGCGGCGGAGGUAGCGGGGCCGGCGGGGGCAGUGGGGGCAGCGGGGGUCGGGGGACUGGCCAGCUCAACCGGUUCGUGCAACUCUCCGGGCGGCCGCACCUGCCAGGUAAGAAGAAAAUACGAUGGGACCCAGUUAGGAGGCGCUUCAUUCAGUCCUGUCCCAUCAUAAGGAUCCCUAACAGGUUUUUGAGAGGCCACAGACCUCCACCAGCACGAAGUGGACAUCGUUGUGUGGCAGAUAAUACCAAUCUAUAUGUGUUUGGAGGUUAUAACCCAGAUUAUGAUGAAUCUGGAGGGCCAGAUAAUGAAGACUAUCCUCUCUUCAGGGAGCUUUGGAGGUAUCAUUUUGCUACAGGAGUAUGGCACCAGAUGGGCACAGAUGGCUACAUGCCCCGGGAAUUGGCAUCUAUGUCACUUGUGCUGCAUGGAAACAACUUGUUAGUGUUUGGAGGUACGGGCAUCCCAUUUGGUGAAAGCAACGGCAAUGAUGUCCAUGUCUGUAACGUGAAGUAUAAGAGAUGGGCUUUACUCAGCUGUCGGGGAAAGAAACCCAGUCGUAUAUAUGGACAGGCCAUGGCGAUCAUCAAUGGCUCCCUUUAUGUCUUUGGAGGGACAACUGGCUAUAUUUACAGCACAGAUCUGCACAAAUUAGAUCUCAAUACCAGAGAGUGGACACAACUGAAACCAAACAACCUAUCUUGUGAUCUGCCAGAAGAGAGAUACAGACAUGAAAUUGCACAUGAUGGGCAGAGGAUUUACAUCUUGGGAGGUGGUACUUCCUGGACAGCUUAUUCCUUAAACAAGAUCCAUGCAUACAACCUUGAAACGAAUGCAUGGGAGGAAAUUGCAACAAAACCCCAUGAAAAAAUAGGUUUUCCUGCAGCCCGAAGAUGUCACAGUUGUGUUCAAAUAAAAAAUGAUGUGUUUAUUUGUGGGGGCUAUAAUGGAGAAGUGAUCCUGGGAGAUAUCUGGAAGUUGAAUCUGCAGACUUUUCAAUGGGUAAAGCUCCCAGCUACCAUGCCAGAGCCAGUUUAUUUUCACUGUGCAGCUGUUACACCAGCUGGUUGCAUGUACAUUCAUGGAGGAGUAGUGAACAUCCACGAAAACAAACGGACUGGGUCAUUGUUUAAGAUCUGGUUGGUGGUACCUAGCCUGCUGGAACUGGCAUGGGAGAAGCUGCUUGCGGCCUUCCCUAACCUAGCAAACCUCUCCCGAACACAGCUUCUGCAUCUUGGACUCACACAGGGACUCAUCGAGCGCUUGAAAUGAAGAUUUCAGGACUGUUCAUUGAUACUGGAAAUGUUAAUUUAAAGAGACUCCUUUAUUUAUGGGCAGUGUAGAAUGUGCUACAAAGAGGAUUGGUUACCCUGAUCAAGGCCUUAUUCAGAAAAUACAUCAGAUGCCUUUCUGUAAAUUCAUUUUAAGUUUAUGGAAUCUCACGUUCCCUUAUGCUACUUUCUUUGCUUCUCUCCCUCCUUCCCUAAUACACACACACACACACACACACACACACACACUCACACUAACACUCACAUACUCCCUCUUCCUUGAUGAAGUUGAGGGAAAGUCUGAAAGUACCUUAAUAAUGUUAUGAAUCAAGAUAAAGAAUUUUUUAAAGGAACCCUAAAUAUAUGACCAUGUCAUCCAAUGCUCUACAAAUUAAAGCAACAUCAUCAAUAAAAACAAAAAUAAAAUUAAAAAAUUUUAAAUCCAGCAACAACAACAAGAAGUUUUGGGGAUAGAACAAGAAGGCUAACCUUGAGAAUCUUGCAGGUUGUAUGUAAAGCUAGAUAUUUAACUUCCUGCUUUCAAAGAUAUAUCUAAAGGAGUAGCUAGAUCUAAUGGCAGCAGUGAUUGACAUCUUGCUGCAUAGAUACCCACACCUGUCCUUUGACUUUGGAGGAAAGGUAAGCAGCUCAGCAGCUCUUGAUUAGUGAUUUCUUUUCUCCUCCUUAUGGUGCCAGCAGUGGUUAGAGUUGGCUUGUCAAAGACUUAUGUGUGUGUUAUAGUUGUGCUGUUUAUUGUUGCUCUUAGAAAUUACGGCACCAAGAACAUUUCAAAUCAAGAAACACGGUGGUCAGAGUUCUUUGUUCUGGGCAGUUUUGAAAUUCUCCUAUACUUAUUAAUGGUUUCAAGUAUCUCUUUGAUUUCUUCAUGGGGAAUUGGAGACCCUAAAUAUGUGGCAUAAAUGCCAUGGGACAUCAACGUAAGCUCGUGAGAGGCCAGAGAAGGGCAGGGCAGGGAGGGCUUCUGCUCUGGGCUGUGAGCUUUGCCUGUCAGAUUGGCCACUUCCUUUCAGAACUUGUUUCUUUUCUAACUCUGGGCCAUGCAGCUGCCAUUUUCCCAGGCAGUAGGUUUUAUCUCUGGAAAGCCAGUUGGCCCUUGAUUUUUCCUUGGCUUACUGCCUCCUUUUCUGUCUGCUUUAAUGUGCGUGGUGCUGUGAAUAAUUGUCUAGUAACUGUAUGAAAGAUCUUGAGGGAAAAGCCACAGGCCAUCCUUCCUGAAGAACUAUAUCAUUUUAAAGCCAGCAUGAGGAAGGAAUGAAAGUGAAGAUCAUUCCAUUUUUGGCGUGGAAUUUUAGUUCUGGUUUGUCUUGUGUUGUUUUUUAAUUCUAAAAAAGAAAUGACCUAAAUUUUCACUUGCUUUGCCAUCAGGCUGCUGGAGUAGUUGAGCGAGUCGCUGAGACGUGAGCAUUUGGAAGUCCUUAGGUGUAUGAAAGGUGCUGCAGGUACAUGAGAGGGCACAGUGCCCAUCAUCCCGUUGGUUACCUCACAACAAGAGACUCAGACGGGAGAUUUGGGACACACUUUUCCUUUAAGUGCCUCUUUUUCACUUAGCUUUUGAAGUUAUUCUUCUUUUUCCUUCAUCCCAGAAGGGAAUCUCUUUAGCUCAUGUGUGGAUUUAAAAUCACCUUUGAGUUAUGGCUAAAAAGGUGCCAUUCAGUGUUCAGUUCUGGGGAAAACAAAACAGUGGCCUCUAGACUUGGACUCGUAACUUCCAGGCCUUAUUAUAACAUCCCAUCCAUGUUGGGUUGAGUUCAUGGAGCCUGUGUUCUACAGGGUCUUAUAAUAACCACUUACCUGUGAGUUUGGGUCCUUUUGGGGAAUGAGGGGUGUGAGGGAGAAGCAGCAAAAGGAGCAACUUCUGGGAGUUCCCACCCCCAUCUUGCUGUGACCAGUCUGUUUGAUAUUUAACCUCUUACCACCCACUGCUAGGCUUGUUCCAAUAACAAGCUUUCUCCAGAGCAAGUCAGUCUGAGCAGCCCCAUUAGUUCAAAGCUUUGCUGCAUGACUCUAGCCUGGUCUAUGGAUAUUUGGGGGAUUUAAUAUCCAGAAUUAAACAAGUCAUGCUGUCUAGGAAGGUGAAGGAUUUUUGUGAUGGAUUUAUAUAGGGACCAAAGACUGAACACUCAGCCUCUGUACUUAUCCGCCCAUGGUCCUUGGGAUAUAAGCAGGUCUCUAGCUCUGCUAUACCAGAGAGCUAGAAAGAGAGUCUGGUUCAAUCCACACUUGCCAGCAUCCUUUUUUAAGCCUUCUGAGAGCAAUCUUCUUUGAGAUGGACUUUGGAGGCCUCACAUCCAAGACCUUAUGUGUGAUGUUUUCAUAAAAGUACAUAUCCUUGGUCUAAAAUGUCUUCUUUUAAUAUAACACUAGUGAAAAUGAUCUAGUAUAACCAGCUCUGAGUGCUGUAGAACCACACAUAUGCACAUGAUCUGGAUGCCAAACGAGACUGGGUGUAUGACUAAAUGUAGAUGACUAGAUUUUUAUAUAAGGGUCCCCAGGCCUUUUCGUACCUGUACCCAGCACUCUGAAUUCGUGACACUGUUACUUGAUUUAGGAAGGUUUAUGCCUGCUGCUUCUCUGCCUCUUUGAGGUACUCCCAGCCAUUUUACUGCAGUCCUGUAAAUUUAAGUGCAAUAUGUAGAAACACAUAUGAAUAUAUACAGAUUAUAUAUACGAUGUGACUAUAAAGCAGGUAGACUACUUUUUAAAUUUCUCUUGGGGAAGCCAGCUCAUUAAUUGAGUUAAAUUAUACCAAGAACUUGAGAUGUUAUCGGCUGGCUUAAGCCAACUCUUGGUAAAGCUGGAUUUUCAAGUCCAUAUUUUCUUACUCGGAUUCUUAGAGACUUUCGUUCCUUGGGUUUGUUGGAUGGAGACCUUCCCCCAGGCAUCUUUGUACUAUCUCAUGUUUGCAUAUCUUCCUACAUUUCCUUGCCCAGGAACAAGGAAGUCUACCUGUAAGGAGUUUCCUAAAUGGAGAAUUAAAACCUAAUAUUUAAUACUGUCACUUCUCUUAUGUAUAUACUAAUUUAUCUGUGAAUGUAAUACUUUAUUAAAUGAAGAAAAUGAUGCUUUCUUCAUUUAAUAAAGUAUUUUCCACUUCCUGGAAAAAUCUAUAAGCCAAUAUAGAAUAGAUUGAAAUUUUAAUUAUUCUUCAGUGGCCAAACUGAAACCCUUUCCACUGGCAGAAUCUUUUUUCAGGGCCCUAAUGACGUGAUGUAGAAAUUUGCUCUAAAAUAUUCAUGUCCCUUACAUAGCUAGAUUUAAAAAUAUAAUAAACGUUAGCAUUUCUAAGCAAAAGGUAUAUUAACAGUGACCUUUGGUUACCAGGCGUAGCAAGAGUAAAGCACAGAUCAUUGAAAUCCAUAGAUAAUCAGUGUUUCAACUUUUCUAUCAAAUGAUUGAUUUCUAUUUCUUCUUCCUCCCUACCCCUUUCCCACAAGCACCUCAUUUUCAAUGGAGUGGGACUAAUGAGUAGUUAGAAAUGGGAAAGGAAGAAUCACGGAGGGGCUAGAAACCAGCAAGCGUAUAAGCAGCCUGAUGAGCUGUAAUUGGUCGAUUUGAUGACAAUUGUUGAAGGCUGAAAUUAGGACCCACGGGUGGUAAUCCUGAGUGUAGAUGUUACUCUUCACUCCUCUGCUUGGCCUAGUCUCCUGCCCUGAGUUCUAGACUCUCUCUCCUAUAACCACCAAAGAGCUCUUAGCACCUAUGGGAGCAAAAAGCUGCGUAUGAUGCAGAGGAAGUCCCAUCAUUUGAACGCAUUUCUUUGGCUCUUGACAAAUACUUGCUUUUUGCCUAUUCUUGCAGGAGCCUUACUUUUUCCUUUGGAAGUACCUUUUCCAGCCAUAUAGCUUGGCAUGUAGGAAAGGUUGAAUUAUCCUGUAAGACUAUGUUGGUCUUACAGUUUGUUUUCAUAUGGUCUUACCGAUGUUUAGAAAGUGGCACCAGUUUCUGAAUUGUCUACCUGCCAGCACUCUGAUGCAGCACAAAAAGCCAUUUUCCUUAUUCUUCAUUGUUCUAAGCUCCACGAUGGAUGAGGGUUUAUGGUCCCAUGAUCAUAAGCUCCAAAAAUUGGUCACCAUUAGCUUAAAUUGCUUUGGUUCCCCAAAUACCUCGGGACUCUAGGUGCAAUGGCAGGGCCUGAGAUAGACUUGGUAGAGUUCUGUGACCUCCACGUGCACCGCCACCAGAUCAUGUCCGGCAAUGGUGUUUCCCUUCUAAGGUGGUUAGAUUCGGUGAAAAGUGACCUCUUCCCUCAUCUGGUGUUACAAAAAGAAGUUCUGAGUUGUGCUUCAAAAGUGAUACCACUUUUUAGUAUAAUUUUUGUGGGGUUUUUUUUUCCACUUUUUAGAGGUUUUUUAAAGGCCCUGCUCAGUCAGUGUACAGGGUGAGUCCAAGGCAGUUUCACCAAGCUGUAGUAAUUGCUGUUUUACUAGUUGCACAUUUAGAAUACAAAGGAGGCAUCAGAAACACAUCUGCUUUCUCUAAAGCCACUUCCUUGUACAGAGUCUGAGCAGGGACAGCACCAGGCAUCUCCCUGUAAAGGCACCUGCCAGCGAGGAUUUUACCGGAAGAACCUAGACAAGAAAGGAAACCUCGGUCACGCACAGUCUUUGAGGGUGAGCCUGGGCUUGGGCUCUUCGUACAGGGUGUGCUUAGGCCACACAUGAUGCUUGCCUUACUUUAAAGCUAUUUGCCACAGUCCUGUUAAAUAGUGUGGAAGUCCUUUUGCAGUCUGGUGUGCAUGCCAUAUGAUCAGGACAGCUUUUCCACCUUACCUGGUUUCCUACCAGCAAGUAGGAAGUAUAGUGAAUUUACCCUAAAAUGUCCAAUCUGUAUUUAUGUACCUUGUCAGUGUUUUGCUGUUGGUUUUCUAAAACAAUCUGAUCAAUAAAUCUUAUCCAGAUCUAUUUG